AUGGAUCGCCAUGAAAUCACCUCGGAGGCUGACAAAACCCACCAAAAUCGUCUCUCCAGUGUCACCGAGGAGGAAGAGGAACAAGAUCCAGCUUACACGAUUGUGACAGUCCUGGACAAAGUGGCCAACAUUGUGGACAGCGUGCAGGCGAGCCAGAAAAGGAUAGAGGAGAGGCACAGGGAGAUGGAAAACGCCAUCAAGACCAUACAGAUUGACAUGUUAAAGCUUGCCCAGGCUCACGGCAAUACAGGCUACAUGGUGAACAAGUUACUGGAGAAAACCCGCAAAGUCAGCUCCACUGUGAAGGAGGUGCGGGCACGUGUGGAGAGGCAGAGCGCCAGCGUGCGGAAGGUGGAAGUCAAACAAGAGGAGAUGCUAAGAAAAAACAAAUUCCGGGUCGUAAUCUAUCAGGAGGAAACUGAGUGUCCUUCCUCUCUCUCUGUUAUCAAAGAAAGGACAGCAGGUGAAACUCUAGAGGACGAUUUCUUCCCACCUGAUGAUCUGUCUUCUGAUGAAGAAUAUUAUAUCGAAGAAAGCAAAGCAACCCAGUUCAAGAAAUCAGGCAUGAGGCGCAUAGAUGAUAUCAAAAAGGCAUUUUCAAGGGAAAAUAUCCAAAAGACGAGACAAAAUUUUGGCAAGAAGGUAAACAGGCUUCGAACUAGAAUAGUGACCCCUGAGAGGAGAGAGAGGAUCAGGCAGUCAGGAGAGAGACUGAAACAAUCUGGGAUAAGGAUCAAGAAAACCAUUUCACAAGCUGCCCCAGUGAAGGAGACAUUCAAAAUCCAUAAAAAAAAUAAAGAACGAACAGGAGCUGAAGGUCAGGAGGGGAUCCAGGAAGCCGGUGUGCACAUCGCCUCUGAGCUCGCAGCAGCAGAGCCCUUCACUGAAGAAAUCUCUUACACAGAAGUUAUCACUAAGGUAAAGAAAGACAAGAAUAGUGCAACAAAAGGUGCUUCCCAGUCAACUGAAAAAGGAGUGACAAUCCCGGAAGUUGUUCUUAAGCAGGAAGGAAAAGAAGGAGGAGGACGUGAUGAUGUCCCUUUGCUAGACUUAAAGCAAUCAGCAUAA